AUGGCUAGAGCUAAAACUACCCAUACCAUGGUCAAGCUCAUCUCGGCUGCCAAGACCGGGUACGAGAAAUGGUUCAAUAUUCCAAGAUCAACUCCAAGAAUGAACCUCAUUUUGUAUGAUCCAAGAGCUAAGAGGCACUGUUUGUUCACGGAGGAUAAGAAGAGAAGGGUCGCUGAAAGACCUCCUAAGGAUUACUCCAGAAGUCACCGUUAA